GCGGGCUCAUCAAACAGCGCCCGCUCUCGGCAGUGGCAAAAGGGCUCGCAACGCUCACAAACGGGCGAGUGAGCGCAGCCGGGCGCCGUCGAGGCCUCACGCAGACGGGCCCACGCGACCGAGGGCUGCCCGCGCGCGACGCGCCAGCGUUAGACCAUGCCGCGCGUGUUGCGAGGCAAGCCGGACAAGAACCCCAAGCUGCGCAUCCGGGAGUACGACGACACGGGCAACUUCGGCGGGAAGACGUCGCGGAGAAUCAACAAGUACGUCGACUUCAGCAAAGAGGCCGAGGAGGACCGUCGACUGGACAAACUCACCGCGCGACGGCUGCGAAGGGAAGCAAGGAACCGGCCUCCGAGACAACCGACGCCCGUCGAACCACCGGCACCAGCACCAGCACCCGCCACGUAUUCAGACGACGUCUUCCAGGCCCCCGUGAAGAAACUGAGCGAGGAGCAGAUGCGCGAUUAUGGCUUCGGCAUCCCCCAGUGGUCGCCCUACUACCGCUUCGAAGGGCAGAGUGUUCAAGUGGGAAGGGCCAUGUCCACGGACAUCGGCAACUUUCCCAAAACCCAAGCGCUCACGCCGGCGAUGCAGGUGCAGCAGGCCCGGAACAACAUCGCCGAGAUGAAGGGUCGCGCGGUGGUCGACCACCUCUGGGAGCCCAUGGGCCACCGGCCGGACUGCAUCGACGACCUGCGCUGGAUCGACGUGUCGCGCGAGCAGGCGAACAUGGAAUUGGCGCACGCCGCGAAGAUGGAGAAGCAGAUGGCCGAGGAGAAGGCGCGCAAGCUCGCCGCCGAGGCCGAGGCGGACGCCCAGGCCUAA